CCAAGCACCUGCUGUACAACGCGGUGCUGCCGUCGCUGCCCUGGCGCAAGCGCGACGGCCGCGACAGCAUGCACGGCCACGGCAUGCAUGGCCACGGCGUGCACGGCCACGGCCUCGGCCACCACGCCUCGUACGAAGAGCUCGGCCCCGGCGAGGACCUCGUCAACCACCACAUGUUGCGCACCACCCGCGGCAACAGACAGUACGACGUGCCACAGAUAGAGUGUCCGCCCGCUGACGACGGCAUGGAGCGCUUCGCCUGCCCGACCCCCGACCACAUGGGCCGGUAUCGGUGUAUAGACGACCACGUGCUGUGCGACGGCUUCAUCGACUGUCCCUCGGGGGAGGACGAGGACCGGCAGGCCUGCAUGUUCUACAAGACGACAAAGGCUCAUCUAGACCUGCUGGCCGACGCCCUGCUCCGCUGGGCGAGAGGGCGCUAGAGGCCGCGACGCGCCGCGACGGGCUCCACCCCACCCCCUUCUCUCUUUUGCUGCUGCCUGUAGAGGCGACUGCCGCCGAGCGCGCUGCCUGACACGAAGACAAGAAGACAAGAAGAGGAGCGAGGAGAAGAAGGCCUUGAAUCAACCGGUGGACCAAGCGACGUGACUGUGUCAGGGAGCCCGCCGCAGCGCGGCAGCGCCACAGAGCGACGGCCAAGUCUUCAGUUGUAGUCUUCCCUUAACCUGCAACACUCCCGCUUUCAUCGGUCCCUUUGGUUGCUCUUGGUUGCCCUUGGUUGCCCUUGGCUGCCCUUGGCUGCCCUUGGUUGCCCUUGGUUGCCAUUGGUUGCCCUUGGUUGCCCUUGGCUGCCCUUGGUUGCCAUUGGUUGCCCUUGGUUGCCUUGGUUGCCCUUGGUUGCCCUUGGUUGCCCUUGGUUGCUCUUGGUUGCUCUUGGUUGCCCUUGGUUGCCAUUGGCUGCCCUUGGUUGCCCUUGGUUGCCCUUGGCUGCCCUUGGCUGCCGUUGCUUCCCAUUGGUUUGCGCGGCGCCGUGUCGCUCCGAGCACCGAGAUCCGCAUCGUGAAGUGAAUUCGUUGGGUUUUGUCACCCAUCGCAGCGCCGAUCGGGAAAAGAAGAAAGACAGAAUGAAAGAAAGAGAGUGGUGCGUUGUUGGCGAGGCCGGCGCCUCGCCGUCUCGCCGCCUCGCUGCCUCCAGCUGGAACUAUCUGGAUCCUGGGUUUAGGAGUGAAUACUUUUCCGUUUGUUUACACGCGUAUUCUCCCCUCCUGUCUCACUCGACGAAAAGCGUGUCACUCUCUUGUCACGGCACUGGACUGGGUGCGCUGGGCAUGAAUCGGUAGACGAGGCGGUUGGAGUGGGGCACUCUCUAGCGGUGCAUCAAAGAGUUAAUGCCAAAUUGACGCUCGGGCGGCUGCAUAUUUAUCCAGUACCUGAUAGUGUUUCUGAUUAGUAUAGUUCGAACACAUGUGCACACGUAGGAAUAUAGGUUCAUGUCUUACACUCUAUCUCUCUCUUCUUGCUUUGUUGUCCCAUAUGCUGUUAUUUUUAAUCGUAGGACGGCGUGGGUAGGAUGAAUGUGGGUGGGAAGAAGGCCAGUGGUACCGUCGUAGCUCAACGCUGCAUCAGCGCCGCGUUCGACAGUGCGUCUUGAUUCCGUCUGUGCGAUUCAGUCACAGGGGUCCUGGGAAGCAGCCUCUGGUGGGCAGGCAAUCCCGUGCGCGGUGGAGCUGAGCCGGGCCUGAGUCGCUCGGUAUACUCCGCUCGGUUUAAGCUGACAUCAAGUUAUUUUAGAAACUUUUCACGUAAAAAGGCGUUUGUGGGAAUGCGGCGACGUCGAGAACGGGCGCGCAACCUUCGACAGGACGAGCAUGAGCCGCGUGAGUCCAGGAGCAGCAACCCAACAAAAUGAAAAGUGGCUCACGUGGUUCAGAGUCGGUCCGGGAAAGAAAAGAUGUUGACAUAACAAGUAUCCAACGACAGGAAUGUGCGACACGCCUCGCAAGGCGGGGUGCUGCAGCCCUAGAAGGUCUGGCCUAUACUUAUACUCUUUAAUAUUUGCACCACUCAGGCUGCACUUGACUGAGCUGCUUGACAGAGGAAAGAAACGUCUUGUAAAUAGUCUCAGGCAGCUCCAAGACCCUUGGAGCCUUAUCCAGCGGCAACUCCGUGGUCGCUCCUAUAAGUAUAAUAUAAUGGAAGUUCUUCGGUAGGUUGAUUUUAGACCACGAGUAGGUCUCACUAUUGCACCACUAUUGUUACACAUUUCAUGUAAGUCAGCAAUUUGGGGGUUUGCGAUGUAAGCUCGUUUCGUUUUAAUUUCCAGUCACUUUCUCUCACGUGCAACAAUUUUAUAUGGGUUCAAAUUUGUUCAUUUUCGUUUCAGUUUCCGAAUCGAGACAGGCAAAUUGUAUGCGCUUUCACGGAAUAAGCAACGUCCUGUGCGAUUUACAGUUAGUGAAAAAAAAACGUGGUACUUGUUUUUUGCAUAAGAUGGAAAUUCAAUGGCAAUACUGUUAAUCAUAUCAAGACUUUCUUGCUAUCACUGUUGCUUAAUUUUUGUAAGUGAACUAUUGGCUUUGUUACACUGUUCUUAGAGUGUUUUUCACGAGCUCGUUUGUUGAUUUUGAAUUUGCUCUUGUGAUAAAUGAGAAAUGUGAAUUUUUUGAAUUAAUAUUCUGUAAUGCAAGUUGUAAUAAUACGGCCUACGUAUCUCGAAAGAAAACACUAUAUGAAGGGAGAGAGAUACCUUGAGCGCGCGACUUUCUUUAAAUUAGCAUCGCAUUGUUUUGGUUCCAUAUUGCAAUGCCGCGAGUCUACCAAGACAUUAACUGCAUAACUUGCUAUUUUUGAACUCGGAGUCGGAAGAGCUACAACAAAGAAAGUCAAACAUAGCUGCGGUUGAAUCGCUCGUUUAAAAUCUGGGAAAUUUAGACUUAGUAGCUACGUAGAUUUGAAACACUCAUAUACUUCACAUAUAUUUUUCUGUGAGAUACAAAAUUUAUUUUUGAGACAACUGUAAAAAAUGCAUUGCCCUUUUAUUUUGAGUAAAAUAGACUUUUUAGCUGUGGUCUAGGCGGAGGUUUGUGUAAGCUGUCUACGCGAUAAAUGCCCUGUUUAAUCUGCAUCCUCGCAGAGACACGCGGUUGCUCUGGUGUCGUGUCCCCCGUGUUCGUGUCCUCGCAAGUGUUGCCAUCAGGCCGUUGGGCAUUGCGUUCGGGGUUCGCACAUGGUGCUCCCUUUGUAUUCAUCAUUUCGGAUCCGGUUCAGCGCGAAAAGUACAAACAGAUUGCGUGGUACAGUUCAAAGAUGCAGAUUCAAUGAAGUUAGAACUCGUGUUGCUAAAUUACUAUAUCGUAUUUACAAUUAUUUAAUGUCAUAAUAUAUUAUAUUACUAGUUAAUUAUAUCGUUAUUCGUAGAAGCUGGUAGCCAUGCUGUAGAGAGUAAGUGUGCUUAACUAGAUAAUUGGAAUCGGCGUGCCCUAACUGAUUCCCUAGAUGAGUUUGAUGAGUGUCAUUAAAUUAUUUAACAUUUUAAAUAUGUCUUUGUAGUCUAGAGUUUUCUUUUCGCAUACUAUCUGUUAGUGAUAAUUCAAACAUUUAUGGAGAAUUUGAUUGAAUCUGCGGAAAUGGGCUUUACCAUGGAGAGUAUUUUUUAUGUAACUACCAGUUUAUGAAAAGCUGGUUUCAAAAUUUAUGAGAGAGUACUUUUUGUCGCUUUGGUUUAAGUGUCACAUGAAGCUUUUCCGUCGUUCUUUUCCUCCGGAGGCUGGACUUCAACCACGACACGAAUAUAAAGUAAGGCACCAGUCGCUUGAUUCUCAAGAAAGACACCCGGAAGAUGACACUCGUGCCAUCCUGAGCCACCGGGUGUCUUUAUUGACAAAGAGGAAAGAAAGCACAAUUUGUUAGCCAAAACAAGAGCGAGAAAAGGAGAUCUCGCACAAAUAUAUCCGUCUCGUGUUGAAGGACAAAGAGGAUCAGAGUCUCGGAAACCUUUCAUGGACAAGAUGCUUGCAAGUGGUAUACGAGGGAAGUCCCACGAACUUCAACGUAUCCUGAUAGGCUUUGCUUGGUGCAAGAGAACCUGUUCAUAUUCAAAAGGACCUGAAUAGAGGAUAAAAUAUUCCUUUGGCCGCUUGGCUAUAUUUUAAGGAGUAAUGAGUGUCGUGUAACGAUUUGAAGAAAGAAGGAAUAGACAUCGCGUCCAAAUGCCCUACUCGUGGCCGCACCAGGUGACAAAUUUGUUGAAACUUUUGUCGCUUGGACCGUCUGAGACCAAAACUAAAGAUGUUUUCCUUUUUUUUCUAUUUGUGACUUCAAACUCGAUCUUGGCUUAGUUAAUCUUAACUACACGCUACAAGGCCUAAAGCAACCAACAAGGUUUACUAAAUUACAAAACGAGACUGCGAGGAAGAAUUCAGCUUUAUCAGGCCUAGAUUGUUGUUGACAAAGUCGAAAUAUUUUUCAUAGACAGUAAUGUUAUUUGAGAUCUGUGUGGAUUUAAAAAGAAACUGUGGUUCAAUGUGCAAUGAAUGACAUCAAUUGGUGGCAAAACUCGUUCGCAACAUUCAGUGUUCCUAGUAUUCCCUCGCUAGAGUCUCACAAAUUAUACUUCGGAGUUAAUGUCGCUUGUUUUCUUUCAUUUACAAUUUCAGAAACAUGUAUUUCUUUUUGUUUUGAUCGGUCCGUACCUCUGCUCUACACAGUGUUAAUGGAUAUUCCCACCUCAACUGGGGAAGUUUCCGCUGAGGGUUGCUUUUCUGGGAGCAGCACAAAACAUUAAUUUAAGGUGGUAACUCGCCGACGCCAAAAAUAUUGUUUGAAAUUGCCGCUUCAUUUUUUUUCUCGGUAACUUACUGCAUUUGUUUCCCUUGGAUUCUUAUUAGAAACAAACCCUUUUGCACCAACACCUAUACAUGUAUAUUGAGAGUAACUAUCCAUUGCACUCUAAACACACACACAUUCACACCAACACAAAAUCUUUUUAAUAAAAGAUCUUUUUUAUAUUAAUAUUAAGAGCACACAUUAGCUGUAACGUUAUAUAUGCACGUUGACUACUUAAAACAGCACUGCAAACAUUGUGAUACGAUAUCAAAUCCUGCCACACUUGUUAAUUCUUAUACAAUUAUUAGUGUUGCACAUUUGCACUUUGUGAAUUUUUCUUUUAAACAUAAACUAACACAAGUGUAAAAAAUCACGUUUGAAAACAAAUUUUAAACUUAAAGAUCUAUUGAUGUUACUUUGUACUUUUCUUAGUUAUUUGUGUUGAUAACUGUAUAUUCAAUGACUGUUAUGAGUAGAGUGUACAUUAUACUGGUGAUGUGCGAUUGGAGCCGCGCGUAACUUGUUCCUGAUUUCAAUUGUUACAUUAUUUCUAAGUUAUUUUGUUCUCUUGCUGCGGCGUCAUGUUAUACUCCUUGUGCAUUCCAUUACAAUUUUCUUUCUCUGGACAGUGUUGUUUUCUACACGAUGUAGGCGUUUGUUGGCGUUUUUCUUCGAUUCUGACUACAAUCAAGCCUGAUAUUCAUUAAGACUCGAGAGCAUGCUCCUCGAGAAUAUUGUACAUGUGUAUAUUUUACUAUUAUAAUGUUAAUUAACUAUGUAUGUGAAAGUCAUAUCGUAGUAUGUUCGUAAGGUGGUUGAGAAAAAUAAAUAGCCUCGAACAAAA